AUGGGUUCCCUUCCGAUCUUGACUGUUCUUGAAGAGUCCCAAGUAUCACCACCACCAGCGACCAUAGGCGACAGAUCGCUGCCUCUAACUUUCUUCGACUUCUCAUGGCUAGCCAUCCCUCCCAUGCACACUCUCUACUUCUAUGAGCUCCCAAUUACUAAAACACACUUCACUGAAACCAUCGCUCCCAAACUCAAAAAUUCAUUAUCAAUCGCCCUUCAACAUUUUUUUCCUUUCGCUGGUAACUUGAUCGUAUUUCCUACUCCUGCUAAAAAACCUGAAAUUCGUUACGUUGAAGGUGAUUCUGUCAAGGUUACUAUUGCAGAAUGUAACCUUGAUUUCAACGAUCUAUCAGGAAACCAUCCUCGAGAGUGUGAUCAGUUUUAUCAUCUUAUACCCAUUCUCAAACGCACUGCUGAAGCUUCCGAUUACAUAACAAUCCCAAUCUUGACAGUUCAAGUGACACUUUUUUCAAACCGUGGAUUCUCCAUCGGAAUAACCAACCACCAUGCCGUGGGUGAUGCUAUCAGCAAUUUCGACUUCUUGAAGGCGUGGACAUCGAUUGCGCAAUCAGGCACAGAUGAGUCAUUCCUAGCUAAUGGAACUUUUCCGUUGUAUGAUAGGGUAGUAAAAUACCCGAAAAUACUAGAUGAUGUUUAUCUAGCUUACGCAAAGGUUGAAACUUUUGACGAAAAGUAUCAACCUCCAACUCUUUCUGGGGCGACUGAUAAAGUUCGAGCCACAUUUAUCUUGACCCAAGAUGUCGUUAUUCGGUUGAAGAAAUUGGUUUCAAACCAACUUCCAACACUGCCAUAUGUAUCAUCGUUUACAGUUGCAUGUGGUUAUAUAUGGAGUUGCAUUGCAGAAUCACGUAAUGAUGAGCUAGAACUAUUUGGUUUCAGCAUCGAUUGCAGGGCACGUUUGGAUCCUCCGAUCCCAAUGGAAUACUUUGGCAACUGUCUCAUGUAUACUGCGGCGACGGAGAAACCUACUCUUUUAACGGGAAAGGAAGGAUUCGUAACUGCUGCUAAGUUGAUGGGAGAAAAUCUACACAAGACCUUGAAUGAUAAGGAUGGAAUCGUGAAAGAUAUGGACUGGUUCUUUAAAUUGUUGUCGGAGGAGAUGCCGACAACAAUGAUAAAUGUUGCCGGAACACCAAAGCUUAGGUUUUACGAUUUGGAUUUUGGAUGGGGGAAGCCCAAAAAGUACGAAAUCAUUUCCAUAGAUUAUAGUGAAUCUAUAUCCAUGUUAGCUUCCAAAGAACCUAAUGGAGAUGUGGAGAUUGGCUUAUGCCUUUCGGCUACUGAGAUGGAAGCUUUUGUUCGCAUCUUCAAUGAUGGACUAGAAACGUAUAUUUAG